AUACAGGAGACUCAACGUCUGCAACAGGAACCAGUGCCUGGCAUCGUCGCAGAACCUCAAGAAAACAAUGCCCGCUACUUCAUGGUGACAAUGGAUGGUCCUCCGGAGACUCCCUACUCUGGUGGAAAGUUCAAGCUGGAGUUGUUCCUUGAUAAUGACUAUCCCAUGUGCCCGCCAAAAGUACGCUUCCUAACGCGGAUCUACCACCCUAACAUCGACAAGAUCGGUCGCAUCUGUUUAGAUAUACUCAAAGACAAGUGGAGUCCGGUGCUUCAAAUCCGCACAGUGCUGCUGUCCAUCCUGGCACUCAUGUCCGCCCCAAACCCUGACGAUCCAUUGGCCAACGAUGUGGCUCAAGUGUGGAAGGACAACGAACCACAAGCACUACAAACAGCUAAAGAAUGGACGGAGAAAUAUGCGAAAUAAAGGCCGAGUUAUCCAGAACAUGUUCGCAGCUCGUAUUUCCAUAAGUUUAUUGCAAGUACACACGAGUGCAAUAGAUUAAGAAUCAUUUCAAUCACCUUUAUUCAAUUGGCGAUGAAGAUGAUGUUGUCACGCUUAAUUAUCAGACAUGUACCUGACUCCCAAACGAAGCAAAGAAACGCUGGUUUAGCGCGUGAGCUACAAGAGUCUACACUCGAUCUUGUGAUUUGGUUCUGGUGAAAAUAAACCAACAUAAGGGGCAGGUUUUUGUGUACUAAAUUUACUCAUAGCCUCUUGUCGGCUAAGAAGGCUGUUAUUUAUUGCGAUAAUAUACUGUACGUCUUGAUGAUGUCAAGUCUUAACCUGAUUGAGAUCAACUUGACGGCCUUUUUCGGGCGCGUCUAAUUUAGAACGUCCCAAUGCAGCAGUUCAAUGAAUUUGCGUGGAUUGCAUAUUGAACAACCAAGCCCUGCUUCAGCACUGACGCUUCAACGUUAGCGAGCCUUGAUAUGUCAACUUCAUGUCAACGUCGCCAGUAGAGGGGAAAAGCAAUCUCCAGUGUAGUACACCUCACACAAUAGAGCGUACCCCACUAACACACUUAUAGGCAGA